AUGUCCUGGCGAGAGCUGCUGCCCCCCUGGCUGGUGAUCGUGGCAGGGCUGACGGGCAUCGUGCUGCUCUGUGUCUCCACCAAAGAUGUACCCAUGGCCCCACUCCGGACCAAGUAUGGCAUUGUUCUGGAUGCUGGCCCAUCCCGCACCAUCCUCUUCAUCUACCAGUGGACAACCACCAAGGCAAACAAGACCGGCGUGAUCAGAGGAUGCAGUUCCUGUCCUGUGCAAGGUCCAGGAAUCUCCAGCUACUCAGAUUCUCCUCAGAAAGCUGGGAAGAGCUUGGAGCCAUGUUUGAACUGGGCCCAGAACGAGAUCCCAGCAGAGCAGCACAGCCAAACCCCCCUGUACCUGGGAGCCACUGCCAGCAUGAGGCAGCUGAACCUCACCCACCCCAUCCUCUCUGCCAGUCUCCUUGCAGCUCUGACUGGCACCCUGAAGUCAUCCCCCUUCAGCUUUCAAGGGGCACAAAUCCUGUCCAGCCCAGAGGAAGAAGCAUUCAAUUGGGUUGCUGCUAACUAUGUCCUGGAGAACUUCUUCAAGUAUGACUGGCAAGGACAGCUGGUCCCCUCUGGGAAGGGCAUGGCAGGAGUCCUGGCCGUGGGAAGAACCUCAGCCCAGCUCACAUCCGAGCUGCCAGAGGAGCAGCAGGAGCCAGAGGAGGCGGUGAGGCUGCGGCUGUACGGGCACACGCACAGGGUGCACAGCUGGCACUGCCCCUGCCACGGCUCCGAGCGGCUGCGCAGCGGCCUGGUGAGCGUGCUGCUGCAGGAUCAGAGAGGUGCUAAAACCGUGUCCAAUCCCUGCUGGCCCCUCUCCUACUCCCAGGAGGUGCAGUGGCAGUCGGUGCAUGCUGGGCUUUGUGGUGCCAGUGGUGACACACAGGACAUCCCUGGCCCCAAGGAGGUCUUCAACAUCACGGGCUCCAGCAACCCCACAGCCUGCAUCAACCUCAUGCAAAGCCUGCUCAACUCUUCCUUCUCCUGCAGCUUCUUCAGCAGUGGCCUCAAGCCCCUUCACAGCAGGCUUCUGGUGGUUUCUGAGGCCAUGGACUUCCUGAGAGGAACUGCACCUUCUGCUGACUUGGGCCAGGCUGUCCAGAGGCUGUGUGGGAUGUCUGUCAAAGAGCUGAUUAAGGAGUCCCAAGCAAGCCUGGAUACACUUGUUGAUUACUGCACUGUGUCUGCCUUCAUCCUCCAUCUCAGUACAAGAGGAUACACACUUGACUUUGAGCAUCCUGCCUGGACUGCAUUCCAGAAGAUGGGUGACAGAUCAUCUGCCUGGACUCUUGGGUACCUGCUGAGCCUGAGCAGCAGCAUCCCCCAGGACAGCCCAAGCUUCCUCAAGGGCAUUGAGCCAGGGGUCUGGUCCUUGCUCCUCAUCCUCUUUGUGGUGCUGCUCGUGGGCUCCUUCCUGCGCAUCUCGUACCGAGUGAUGGCCAGGGAGAGCAGCUCCAGCCACAGGAACAGCAGCGUGUUCGAUGACUGA